AUGCACGUCGCUUCUACUAUCUUCGAAACCCUAACAACAGGCCUGAGAAUCGCCAAGCCCCGCCAUCGGAUUGACCGACUCCACGCUGCAGCUGCUGUUUCAUUUCACUCCACGCCACCACGAAAACACGACACCCCUGUUUCCACGUUUGUCAUCAAGUCUCCCUCUUUCUCUGUUCCAUGUCUGCUCACUUUCUCCCAUCACUGCCUCUUUCCUCAAUCCCGUGUAAUUGCCGUCGCGGCCGUUGGAUCGGAGCCGCCGGUUGCCGGGGAGAGAUCUGGACCGUCAGGCGAGAGAGCGGCUGGCGGGGAGGAGAGUGUGGGGGAUUUGCGUGUGAGCUAUGGCGCGACGGAAGCAGAGGGGGAGGAGGCGGAAAGAAGAGGGAAUUUCAAUGAUGCAAGGGAGGAGGGACGGGGAAGGGUUUGGGAUGAGGUUCAAGAAGAGGAUCGGAAUGUUGAGGCGCGGGGAUGGGUGGAUUUAGCGGACGGGGAGAAGCAGGAAAUGCAGACGAGACAGCGAUCGAUUCGGGUGCGGGAGGAGGCAGGCGGCGAGGCGGCGGUAGGGGGAGGGACGGCGGAAGAAGGACGAUCAAGAGAGGAAAGCCUUGGCAACACCGAGCAGGGUAGUCGUACCAAUGAGGCUGUAAUUACCGCGGAGGGCGUUAGUAACGCGGAGGCCAAUAACGAGGACGACGGUGACGACAUGAGCGGGUACGGCGUGGCGUCGGAGGAGGAUCUGCGCAACGCAAAGCAGAUCGCGGACGCGAUUCUCAGCGGGCGGUUCUUCGCGGGGAUGAGCCGCGGGAAACAGCACUGGGCGGGGGACGACGUGGGGGAGAGCGGGAACGCUGGAGGAGAGGAUGGGGGAGUGAGGGAACGCGGGAGGAGAGGGAAGGAGAGGCGCGGGGAAGGGCGCGGGGAGGUGGGGGGAGACGGCGAGGAGGAAGAGGAGUGGCGGAGGAGUUUCCGCGAGAGGGGGUGGCGGCCGGGGUUCAGGGGUUUAGGGGACUGGUUGGGGGAGGCGGGCGGGGGACAGGCGGAGGCGGAGGGGCAGGUGGCGGUGGAGAAGCAGCGGUUUGCGCGCGUGGCGCUGGUGGGCGCGCCCAACGCAGGGAAGUCCGCCCUGAUGAACAGACUGGUGGGCGUGAAGGUAUCAGCGGUAUCGCGUAAGACCAACACGACGCAAAGGGAGGUGGUGGGCAUCCGCACCAUCGGGCCCACGCAGCUGGUGUUUCACGAUACGCCAGGGCUGAUAGUGGCGCUACCAUCGCAGCCACUGUCAGCGUCGCAGCGCCAGGGGUCGCUGCUCGCCUCGUCCGCUGCCUUGCAUUGCCAUGUGGUGGCGCUCGUCAUUGAUGCCGACCGGCAGAUCCGGAGGCCGGACCCGCGGGUGCGGAGGAUGGUGGGGGUGGUGGGGGCGGAGCGGAGGGAGGGGCAGCAGCGCGUAGCGGUGCUGAACAAGGUGGAUCUGGUGAAGGACAAGCGCCUGCUGCUACCGCUCGCACAGGAGCUCAGCUCCUUCCACUCCAUUGAGAGGGUGUUCAUGGUAUCAGCGCUGCAGGACAAGGGCGUGAACCUGCUGGAGGAGUAUCUUUUUGACCAUGCGGUGCAGGCGGCAUGGGAGGAGGACCCUCGUCUGCGCACGGACCAGUCGCCUGAGCAGCUGGCCAUGCAGAUCGUGCGCGAGCUGCUGCUGCACCGCAUGCACCAGGUGGGCUGGGCUGUGCGUGGCUUGCUUGCUCACUCGCUUGCUCAUUACAGGCUGUGGAGCGUAUGUGAGACGUCCCCAAGCACUCCUUAUCUACCCUUGCUCUCCAUGCUCUCCUCUCUCUCUCUCUCUCUCUCUCUCUCUCUCUCUCUCUCUCUCUCUCUCUCUCUCUCUCUCUCUCUCUCUCUCUCUCUCCCUCUCUCUCUCUCUCUUCCUCCUUCUUCCCUCCCUCUCUCAUCCCCACAGGAGGUGCCAUACGCCAUAGAGCACCGCCACGAGUCGUGCUCUGUGCUCAGGGAUGGGUCGCUGCGCAUAGAGCAGCUGCUGCUCGUGCAGUCCAAUGCACAGAGAGCCAUGCUCGUUGGCAAGGCAGGACAGGUCGUGCGAGCAGCUAAGCUGCUGCUUGUGCAGUCUAAUGCACAGAGGGCCAUGCUCGUUGGCAAGGCAGGUCAGGACGUGCGGUAA